AUGAAAGAAAUUACCAUUGAGGGAAGCAAAUUUGAAAUGAGUAUGAUAGGGGAAUUAAACUUCUUCCUGGGUCUUCAAGUAAAACAGUCCCCAAAGGGUACUUCCAUUUGUCAGCAAAAAUACAUUAGGGAACUCUUAAAGAGGUUUGACAUGGAAGCAUCAAAAGUGAUAGACAGUCCCAUUGCAACUGUCACUCGACUGGACAUGGAUAAAACUGGAUCUCCUGUGAAUCAAACAAUGUAUAGAGGCAUCAUUGGGUCUCUCUUUUAUCUCAUUGCCAGUCGACCUGAUAUUGUCUUCAGCGUAGGGCUGUGUGCGAGGUUUCAAUCAAAUCCCAAGGAAUCUCACUUGAAAGCUACCAAAAGAAUACUGAGAUAUCUCAAAGGCACGCGAGACUUGGUGCUAUAUUAUCCAUCAGGUUAUCUUAUGGACAGAAAAAGCACUUCUGGGAUGGCUCACUUCUUAGGAUCAUGUCUUAUCUAUUGGUGGACAAGGAAACAAAAUUCAGUGGCUCUUUCAACAGUUGAAGCUGAAUAUGUAGCUACAGCAUCCUGUUGUGCUCAGCUUCUGUGGAUCAAGCAGUAG